AUGUCGGGAGUGAAGCGAGCAGAGGAGAUCCUAGCGCGCGCCGACAAACUCGACAAAUCAUGCCCAGUUGUAGCCAUGCACUGCAGGAUCUAUGCGCUCGAGCUUGCUAUCAAGGGUCGGGACAAGAACAACAAAGAACAAGCAGCAUUCCUGGCGGAGCUAAUGACGAAAGUAGAGCAGCAGAAAGCCAGUCUUGGACAUGUCCCCGACGCUCAAGCGCAGUGCGAACUUUUGGCUCUCAGUACUUUUCAGCAAAGUGAUGAUCAAUAUUAUGAAGGGAGAGCAAGCAAGGCGACAGUCGUUGGGUUCCGUAACGCUGCAAUCUUGAUGGAAAUUUGCAAGCAGUUCGGAGAAUUGAGCCCAGACAUUGCCGAAAAGUAUAAAUAUGCGAAAGUCAAGGCUGUCGAAAUCUACAAAGCCAUUCAGGAGGGUGUAGUGCCUCUUCCUCCGCAGCUGAUAGGUGCGCAAGAUGGGGAUGGGCAUGCAGAAGAAGAGGAGGAUGAUGGGAUUCCCCUCCCUCCUCCCAGCGAAUAUCCACCGCAGGAUCACGAUCCCAACAGUGACCAAGGUCCGCAUGCACAGAACUCAGUAGUUGAGGACAUCCCUGAUGUACCUCCUCCCUACCGUCAACAAGAUGAUUUCGUCAAACCUCCAGCUCCGUCUGUUAAGCCAGAACCAGCAAAACCCAAGAAAGAUCUGGAAGUGAGAAAAGCUUCGCCGAUGCCCUCUGAGAACAGAAGAGAUUCAGGCGCAGAUGCUGUGCCGGGUGUGCCUAACCUCCUUGCUGAUGCUCCCAAAGCGGCUCCUCCUCCACGUUCCACCCAAGUUAGCGGGAAUCUUGUUCCGAAGCAAGCUAUCUCUCCUCGGUCUCUUGACAAAGCCGAGAAACAUACCAAGUUUGCGCUUUCAGCUAUUCAAUUUGAUGAUAUUCGAGAGGCUGUUUCCAAUCUUCAGAUUGCUUUAUCUCUGUUGACGGAUAAAUGA